AUACGGCAGAGGCAAAUCAACUCGUGACUUCGGUGAGAAAGGUUCUUCACAACCAGACAGCCAACAGCCACGGCGGUUUGAUUUUCAUCCGGUCUGUUCCUUUGAUUUUGCUUCCACACUCAUCUUUCUGUUCGUUAUCCGCCAUGGCUAGCAACACCCAGGGUAUCCAGCAGCUGCUGGCCGCAGAGAAAAAGGCCGCCGAUAAGGUGGGAGAAGCCCGCAAGCGUAAAACUCGGCGCCUAAAGCAAGCCAAGGAUGAAGCCACCGAUGAAAUCGAAAAGUACCGCAGCGAGCGCGAGAAGCAAUUCAAGGAGGCCGAAGUUCGGCACAUCGGUUCUCGCGAGGGCGUGUCGAACAAAAUCGACGCCGACACCCGGGUGCGCAUUGACGAGAUGAAUCGCGCCCUCAAAACUCACAAGGAAUCCGUUAUCGUGAAUGUACUGGAGCAUGUGUACGCCAUCAAGCUGGAGCUGCACAAGAACGUCCGCGACUAGUAACCUACUUCCUAGCAACGCAUCCAGGAUUCGUUUACAUUCCGCCGAAACCUGUUCCAUAUCUUUUGGAAUUUUCAGUUGUACUAUCAAUGUUGGAUUUUUAUUUUCAUUACCCUAGAUUCGUGCCUUUCGCUGGAAGCAAGGAAAAAGGAACCGCUGCAAAAUGUAUUGAUCAAGUCAUCAAUCAUCUUUAACUAGAUUUACUGUAAAUAAGAUCAUGUUAAAAGGAAACGCUUUAAGUUAAUAUAUUACAGUUUAAAGAAGGAAAAAAGACGGGAAUACGA